AGCCGCAGACGCCAGGUCCAGCCAGCACACCGCAGGAAGCGAGGCGACGCCCCCUGGAUCUCCGCAGGAACCCGGCCCGCCUCCCAGCCCGCCGGGCCCCAGAAGUGAUGAAAGCUGUGGCCGAGUCCCAGGCGCGCCGAAGCCGUUGCCCUUUUAAGGGGAAGCCUUGAAACGGCGCCCGGGUUCCAUGUUUGCAUCCGCCUCGCGGGGAGGAAACUCCAUGUUGUAACAAAGUUUCCUCCGCGCCCCCUCCCUCCCCCUCCCCCCGAGAACCUGGCUCCCCUCCCCUCCGAAGCUCGCGGGGAUCCCUCCCUCCCACCCUCCCCUCCCCCCCCGCGCCCCGAUUCCGGCCCGAGCCGGGGGGGAGGCCGGGCGCCGGGGCCAGAGUCCGGCCGGAGCGGAGCGCGCCGGGCCCCAUGGACAGCUCGGCCGUCAUUACUCAGAUCAGCAAGGAGGAGGCGCGGGGCCCGCUGCGGGGCAAAGGUGACCAGAAGUCAGCAGUUUCCCAGAAGCCCCGGAGUCGGGGCAUCCUCCACUCCCUCUUCUGUUGUGUCUGCCGAGAUGAUGGGGAGCCCCUGCCUGCCCACAGUGGGGCUCCCCUGCUGGUGGAGGAAAAUGGCGCCAUCCCUAAGCACACCCCAGUGCAGUAUCUGCUGCCCGAGGCCAAGGCCCAGGACUCAGACAAGAUCUGCGUGGUCAUCGACCUGGACGAGACCCUGGUGCACAGCUCCUUCAAGCCUGUGAACAACGCCGACUUUAUCAUCCCGGUGGAGAUUGAUGGAGUGGUUCACCAGGUCUAUGUGCUGAAGCGGCCCCAUGUGGAUGAGUUCCUUCAGCGGAUGGGCGAGCUCUUUGAGUGUGUGCUGUUCACUGCCAGCCUUGCCAAGUAUGCAGACCCCGUAGCUGAUCUGCUGGACAAGUGGGGAGCCUUCCGUGCCAGGCUGUUCCGAGAGUCGUGUGUCUUCCACCGGGGGAACUACGUGAAGGACCUGAGCAGGCUGGGCCGAGACCUGCGGCGCGUGCUCAUUUUAGACAACUCACCGGCCUCGUACGUCUUCCAUCCAGACAACGCCGUGCCAGUGGCCUCGUGGUUUGACAACAUGAGUGACACCGAGCUUCAUGACCUCUUACCCUUCUUUGAGCAACUCAGCCGCGUGGACGACGUCUACUCGGUGCUCAGACAGCCUAGGCCCGGAAGCUAGUGAGGUGUCUUGGGGCCAGGACCUGCCCAGCACCAAGGCCCACGCCUCUUCCCAGCAGACUGUGGGCUCCGGCCUGUGCUGUUAACCCGCGGCCAAUGGCCCUGGGGAAGAGGCGUCUUCCCCUGCCGUGUUGCCCGGAGGACAGUGAGCCCUCGGGCCCCUGUGCAGUGCCUUCAAACUUUCCCCCUCAUCUCAGGGGACCUGGGGGGCCCUACCUGCUGCUCCCCACUUCUGUCUUCUCUUCGCCAUGCUGCCAUGUUUCUCUGCUGCCAAAUUGGGCCUCCACCCCAGCUCCCCUUUGGGAGAAGGGACAGGGUUUCUGCUGCCCCGCGCCUGGGGUCCCCCCACCCCCCAGUCUGAGAACAGUGGACACCCAAGUGCCUUGCAUAGAACCCUCCUUACUGGUCAGCUUUACCGACACUCUAGGCUGACCUGAGAGGAACCAUUUUCUCCCCUUUCCCUCCUUCCUCCGGGAGGAUGGCGCCCACCAGGUUGUACUGGGAAGGAGAGGAAGAAAGUCUCUCAUUACAAUACACUCGUCAGAGCUGGGGCCUUACUCGGGUCGCCCAGCUUGUCCAAGGCUGAUGGCUGCUCCGGAGGAUAUCACUUAAGCCCCAAGUCUCCCCAGAGCCCUGGGGCUUAGCAGGAUGCCCCCAUGGUGUUAUAUAAAUAUGUAUAUGUGUAUAUAGAUUUUUUUUAAGGGAAGGAGAGAGGAAAGGGUGGGAACAGACACUUCCCUUGACCCUUCCCUGGGCCCAGAAAUUGGGGGAGGGAGGGAAAGGAUUUUUACAUUUUUAAAACUACUAUUUUCUGAACGGAACAAGCUGGGCUGAGACGCCAGGCCUGGUCUUUUGUCUGUCCCAACCUUUUUACUCUUCAUUCAAACAUUGAGUACCUUCAGCGCCCAGCAUGAGCUAGUCCCACCAGCUUAGUGUGUGUGGGGGUGCCUCAUCCCUGCGCCCCAGAUUUCACGUGCCUUUCAGAGUAUCAACAGGAGGUAGACCCUUGUGGGGUUCCGGAGGUCUCCAAACCUUACCAAGCUGCCUCCUCCUGCGCCAACGCCUCCUUCCCUGUACCCCCUGUAUCCUGGGCGUGCGACCUCCGCUGUGGCCCCCUGCUGGCUGGGGGUAGCUCCCGGGUCUCUGCCAACUCUGCCUUCUGUUUUCAAAGCCCCUCCGCAUAGCUGCUGAGUUUGGAGCUCAAGCCCUUAGGCUCUCCCCAGAUUAUGAGGGUUAAGUGGACCCGCAAACAAGUGCCAAGGGAGUUGGUGAAGGGAGGGAAGAUAUGGUUGGCCGCAAUCAGAUGACUUUCCCGAUCAAGUGCCUUUUCUGUGACCUGAGCACCUCAGUGUGAUAACUAAAGAGAAAGCUAGAUCCCCCCCCUCCUA